AUGGUAGACACCCUCCUGAACAUGGAAAUCCCGGUCGUAGCGGUAGCGUCCAACGGCGCGCGCAUGGUAUGGCAGGAAGAAUUGGAUGAGCCGUUUAAUCAGACAGUGGCCCGGUGGAUCGAGAAUUCUUACUUCAGACACUUCGCCAUUGGUGAUCUGUUUGCCCCAAUCGCCAGCGGCACCAUGCCCACGGCUGGUAUGAUCGUGGCGCCCGCCAGCAUGAACUCGGUGGCAUCCAUCGCCCACGGCUUAACCCCCAACCUCCUGCUGCGCGCCGCUGAUGUCACGCUCAAGGAAAACCGCCGUUUGGUGCUGAUCCCGAGGGAAACACCCCUCCAUGCCAUCCAUCUCGAAAACAUGCUGAAACUAAGCCGUAUGGGGGUUACGAUCUUGCCUCCCGACCCACCGUUUUAUCUAAAACCCCUGGACAUUGCCGGUGUCGUCCGGUUCGUGGUUCAACGAGCGCUGGUCGCCUUGGGCAUCAAUCAGAGCCUUCCCGACGAAUUGCAAUAUCACGACCGCGAACGGUAG